CGCGAGAUCUCCCAGCCAUGUUGCAGCGGAGGGGCUUGUAAACAGAAGGCAGCCCAGGGGAGACCACCCGGCGCGCGACCCCCCACGAGCCCCGCCACCCGGGAAAGGAGUCGCUGGUCUGCCCGCCUGCUUGCCAGGCGCCAUGAUUCGAACGCAGAACCCGCUUCCGGCGGCUUUCCUGGUCCUACCGGUUUUCCUGCUCCUGGGGCUCCCGGCUGCCCAGGGCUACAUUCAUGCGAUGUCGGAUCACAAUUCCAGCAUGGAGUUCAACGACCUGCCGGCCCUCUUUGGGGAGCCCCUGCCGCACGAGGGGCUCGUGGGCUUUCUGGUGGAAGCCAAGCCGGCCAACGCCUGCCAGGCCAUCGAAGGCGCCCCGGUUCUCUCCAACGGCACCGUUUUCAUCGCCCUCAUCCGGAGGAACGACUGCAGCUUCGACCUCAAGGUAUUCCACGCCCAGAAGGCCGGCUUCCUGGCUGCCAUCGUCCACAAUGUGGGUUCGGACAAACUGCUCAACAUGGUCUGGGACAACGAGGAACUACGCAAGCUGAUCACCAUCCCCUCCGUCUUCAUCGGGGAGACGGCCGCCAGGCUCCUUCGCGACUCCUUCACCUAUGAGAAAGGAGGCCAAGUGAUCCUGAUCCCGGAAUACAUCUUCCCCCUGGGCUAUUACCUGAUCCCUUUCACGGGGGUCGUGGCAAUCGUCAUGGCCGUGAUGUGCACCAUUCUGAUUGUGCGCUGCAUCCAGCACCGGAAGAGGAUGCGGAGGAACCGGCUCUCGAAGGAGCAGCUGAAGAAAGUCCCCGUCCACAAGUACAAGAAAGGGGACGAGUACGACGUCUGCGCCAUCUGCCUGGAGGAGUACGAAGACGGGGAGCGGUUGCGAAUCCUGCCCUGCUCUCACGCUUACCACUGCAAGUGUGUGGACCCCUGGCUGACGCAAACCAAGAAGACCUGCCCCGUCUGCAAGCAGAGGGUGCUGCGCUCCCCGGACGACUCGGACUCGGAGGGCGAAGAGGGUCUCCGCGCCCCCCAGGACGAGGAAGAGGCGGGGGGCCAGGGGGGCCAUGGGGAAGAGGAGGAGGAGGAGGAGGAAGAGGAGGAAGGACAGGAAGGGGGCGACUCGGAGCGCACCCCCCUCCUGCGCCCCUCGCCCAGCGCCGCCCUGGGGGGGCCCUCCUUCGGCAGCAUGGGGCAGUCGCCCCCCUCCACCGCCCCUCAGGACCACACGGAAGAGUUGGGGGGCGAAGGGGACCAGGAUUGGGACCAGACGAAGGGCCUUCUCCCCAGGGGCCCCCUCCCAGUCUAGCGCCGUGCUGGGCAUGGGGGGCGCAAGAGGGGCACCCCCCGGGUCAGGCACCCCACCCCAAAGGGAAGCCGGAAGUGGGGGGGCGGCUGAAAAGACCCCCCCACUUCAUCCCUCUUGCUUUUGACCACUGAGCUUCCACUAUAUAUGUUAACUUUUCAGGGAGUCUGGGGGUCUUUGCAGCAUUGGGGGGGGCGUAGGGCAGGAGUGGGGUGGGGGGGUCGGUCCAAGACCCCUUUGGGUGUCUUUUUUCUGGGGGGGGGGAACAGGAUGCAAAAGCCAAGAUGGAGGCGGCAGGUAUCUCCUGCCUGGUUCCUUUGCAGGGUGGGGGGCACACAUAUCCCCCCCCCAGAGCAUAAGCCCCCUUUUUCCUGUGUGUGUGGGGGGAGAGAGAGACCCCAUAGAGGCCAAAGCAGAGCCUCCCCCUCCCCAAACUUGGUGCAGGGGGGGGGUCCCAAUUAAACACAGUAUUUUUUUGUGGGGAGGGGGCCAGAAAGUCCUGUAUGCUUUAGGGGGGGGCAAGGAGCUCAUGAUGGACAUUAUAUAAAUUUAACACAUGGAUCAGGAGCCCCCCCCCCUUGCAAAGAAUGCCAAACCUCCCCCCCCCCCCGGCACCCUACCACUCCCAGGAUGGGUUGGGGGGGUCCUUUGGAUGUAGACCCCCCCACAUUGCAGUGCCCGCCACCUCCUCCCUCUUGCGAUUUUGCACUUUUCUCCCCAUUGUGUGCCAAGGAAUUUUGGGGGGGCUUUUUGUUCUCUCUGCCCCCCC